UUGAUGUUUGCUUUGCUUCUCAUUUCAUUAGUUUCUUUUGUGAACAACACACGUGUUCCUUAAAAUUGUGCAUUGUGCGAAAAAUAUUGUUGAAGUUAUUGUGCGAAUAAGGUAUUUAAAGUGAUUACAAAUAAAAAAAAUAUUAAUAAAAUAAACAUAAAUAUUAAUUUUGUUCACCCGCUCUACACAACAAUGUCUGACGAAAGAGCAAUACCGUUCAAAGGAAAAAUGAAAUAUUAUUCUUCAGAAGCAACUUCAAAGUGUACUUCCUGUGAAGAUAUAGGAAAAAAAUGGACACGAUACUGCAGAUUUUGGGCGAGCAUAAAAUUUUGCUAGAUCGAAUUGGUUCCGAUAACUCGAUUGUGCAAAACAUUAUGGCCAUCUUCCCAAUAAACACGGACGAAAGUCUAAAGCAAUUAGAAGACUUAUUAGCCACUCAGUCAGACUCAUACAUUCGCCAAAUGAAAAAUCUCAUUGGUGGCAACGUCGCACGCAAUCUACACCUUAUAUUUGGGAAAUCUAUUAUAAUGAAUUACAAUGUGGAUGGAACUUUUGGCAAAAAAAGUUUAUCUAAAUAUGGAAAAGUCCAUGCAGCAAUAAUAGAUGUAAUAUCAAUGUACGACAAGUGUUCAGACAAGGCUCUAAGAACAGCUUUUCAACGUCAACAAGUUAAAAAGCAGUAAGUUCGGCCGGGCCGAACUUUUAAUAACCACCACCAUUUGCAAC